CUCAGACAGGACAUAUUAUUCAAGCGUGUGAAAUGAAAAUAGCCAGUGUCGAUUUUAGCGAGUGUUGCGUGUUAAAAAUCAAAUGCGGCAAUUAUUACAAAUUUGAAAUAAGUUAAUUUCGAUUCGUAUUGAAAAAGUACCAUUACAGUGAUUGCUGUAAAAAAAAAUAUUCAAAAAAUCAAAAAAAAAAUCAAAAACUGAAAAUUUCUAAAAAAAAUUACACCGUAAACUAAUCAAAUUGAAAAUGCCUCAGGUUAUCGGAAAACUUUCACAGCUGCCAUCCGCCAAUGGCUGCAGCCCGAAACUACGUGCCUUCGCUAAGGAUCAAAUUCGUGGCAUCACCGUUAUCAACGGAAAUCUUGGUCAACUUUCGGCCAAGAUCCGUGCAUUCGUUGAGGAAUCUGUAGCCAUGUGCCUACCGGAGCGUAUCCAUAUCGUCGACGGAAGCGAAGAGGAAAGUACGACCCUCUUGGCUACCCUCCAACAUCUGGGGACGAUCGAACCACUGCCGAAAUAUGAAAAUUGUUGGCUUGCGCGCACCAACCCAGCUGAUGUGGCUCGAGUUGAGUCGAAAACCUUUAUAUGUACCAAACAUCCAGAGCAGGCUAUUCCAAUUCCCAAAGACGGCGUCAAAGGAACACUUGGGAACUGGAUCAGUCCCGAAGACUAUGAGAGAGCCGUUCAGUCACGAUUCCCCGGGUGCAUGAAGGGACGCACAAUGUACGUAGUGCCGUUCUCCAUGGGACCCAUUGCUUCCCCUCUUUCCAAGUUUGGAAUUGAAAUCACCGAUUCGGCGUAUGUUGUUUGCUCGAUGCGUAUUAUGACUCGCAUGGGACAGGAAGUUCUUGAAAAAUUAGCGGAUAACUCGGACUUUAUCAAAUGUCUCCACUCUGUCGGAACACCGGCCAGCGGGAAAAUCAAUAUGCCAUCCUGGCCAUGCGAUCCCGAACGCACCAUCAUUUUACACAAACCAGCUAACAACGAGAUUGUUUCUUAUGGAUCGGGAUAUGGAGGAAAUUCGCUGCUUGGAAAGAAAUGUUUCGCUCUCCGCAUUGGAAGUACAAUAGCUCAGCGCGAAGGAUGGCUCGCUGAACAUAUGCUGAUUCUAGGCAUCACUGAUCCGAAUGGCGUGAAGAAAUACAUUGCUGCCGCCUUCCCCUCGGCAUGUGGUAAGACCAACCUCGCUAUGAUGAACCCAACUUUGCCCGGAUACCUAAUGGAGUGCGUAGGUGACGAUAUCGCAUGGAUGAAGUUCGACUCAAACGGCCAGCUACGUGCGAUCAAUCCAGAGAAUGGGUUCUUCGGAGUCGCUCCUGGAACGUCAUCACAAACCAAUCCUAACGCUAUGAAAACCGUGUACAAAAAUACGAUCUUUACGAACGUAGCAUCCACCUCGGAUGGAGGUAUUUUCUGGGAAGGAAUGGAAAAUGAGAUCGAUCCGGAUGUAGAGAUCACUGACUGGUUGGGUCAGCCAUGGAAGCUCGGAGAAUCGAAAACUCCAGCUGCUCAUCCAAAUUCACGCUUCUGCGCUCCCGCUAGUCAAUGUCCCAUAAUCGAUCCCUCUUGGGAAGACAACGAAGGGGUACCAAUCUCCGCUAUUCUUUUCGGCGGACGUCGUCCGGAGGGCGUACCGCUGGUUUAUGAAGCUAACUCGUGGGCCCAUGGAGUUUUCAUUGGAUCGGCAAUGCGUAGCGAAACGACGGCCGCUGCUGAACACAAAGGCAAGAUGAUAUUGCACGAUCCCUUUGCGAUGCGUCCCUUCUUCGGUUACAAUUUCGGCGACUACUUGAAGCACUGGUUAGGUAUGGAAAAGCUGGCGGCUAAAGUCGGAGGUCAUAUGCCGAAGAUCUUCCACGUCAACUGGUUCCGCAAAGAUGCCAACGGAAAAUUCCUCUGGCCAGGAUUUGGUGAGAAUACCCGCGUUCUGGAGUGGAUUUUGCAGCGUGUCGAUGAGAAAGAUUGCUACCAGGAGAGCGCCAUCGGGCGCAUUCCCGCCCCGGGAGCCAUGAACUUCGAAGGGUUGAGAGGUUCAGUGGAUGAAAAAGAAUUGUUUUCGAUCCCGAAACAGUUUUGGCUGGAUGAGGUUGAAGCAAUCGAACAGUACUACAACAACCAGCUUCCGCAAGAUUUGCCCUUAUCCAUUGCACAAGAGUUGGCUGAUUUGAAGAGACGCGUGAUGCAGAUGUAAUUUUUAAAGCGUUUAUUCAGAGUAUUUAGGUUAAUUCAGUUUUCAUUGCCAUUGAUUAAUAUAAGUUAUCGUAAGGUGAAAAAAAAAAUUAGAUUGUUGAGUAAAAUAGAUGUGUACUUGAGGCAUAUUUCAAUAAAGAUUAGAAUUAAUUCCUCUCUUAAA